CUCCGCCCCCGUUCGGCGCAGGCGCCCCUCUCGCAACUAUGCACCUGCUCCCCUACCGUUUAACCCGUGCAUUUGCAACGCCGAGCGCGUCGGCUUUUGGCGUCGCUCAUUUGGCGGGCCUCCCGUCCGUGCGUCCCGUUAUCCCGGGGAAGCAGCAGCAGCAGGAGGAGGAGGAGGAAGGAGAGAGGGGAAUCUCCGCCGCCGGGCAGGAUGUCCUGCUGCUGCUGCUGUUGCUGAGCAGGGCGAGGAGGGGAAUCGUGCAAGAUGUCGCUGCUGCUGCGCCUUGGCUGGAGGUGAGCGCGCCGCGGAGGAGCGAGUCCUCUGUGCGCCCCGGCGAUGUUCCCCGCCGCCCGCGAGGCCGCGCCGCCGGCCCCCCAGAGCCCGGAGACGCCGCCGACGCCGCCGACGACGCCGGGGGUCUGCUGCCCUGCCUUGGCCGAACUGAGCGACGCCGAGCUGGGCGUGUGCAGCAAGGAGGAGCUGGUGCGCCGCUUGCGCCACGAGGAGGCCGAGAAGCUGGCGGCGCUGGUGCAGCGCGGCCGGCUGAUCCAGGGCGUCAACCGGCAGCUGCAGGAGCACCUCCGCGAGAUCCGCGAGCUGAAGGCCGUCAACGGGCGCCUGCAAACCGAGAACCGCGAGCUGCGCGACCUGUGCUGCUUCCUCGACGAGGACCGCUUGAAGGCCAAGCGCCUGGCGCGCCACUGGCAGCUCUUCGGGCACCACGCGGCGCAGGUGCUGCGCGACGAGGUGGCCGCCUGCCUGCGCAAGCUGGCCGGCCUCGAGGGCCUCCAGGAGCGCCUGGCCAAGGACAACCUGGAGCUCAAGGAGCUCUGCCUGGCCCUGGAGGAGGAGUGCGCCUCCGCCCGGCCCGACGCCAGCCCCAGCCCCGGCGGAGGCUCCUCCGAGCUCAACCUGCCCUGCGGGCCCCGCGACUUAGGCGACGGCAGCUCCAGCACCGGCAGCGUCGGCAGCCCCGACCAGCUGCACCCCGCCUGUACCCCCGACGACUGAACCCGCCGCCCAGCCCUGCCCUCGGAUUGGGGGGGGGGGGGGGGCGCGCCGCCCGGCCCGUCAACUCGUUCAUCCAGGACAGGGCGCACGGCCUUCCUCGCCUUCUCCUCUUCCCCCUCCCCAGCCCCUGUCGCUGAAGAUUUCAAGCCUCGGGGAAACUAGAACCCACCCGUCCCCCCACAUCCCAAAGCAAGGCAACGGUGGAUGCAUUUAAUUUAUUGCCACCGUUUUCCCCCCCGUUUUCUUAAAAAGUGGUUUCUGUGUGGUCCAUGCUGCAUUGGUGAACGCAGCAAGCUUUGACAUCACACAGAGCUCUUGUUUUUUUCAAAAAAAAAAAAAUAUAAAGCCAUAACUCUCGCCAGUGUACAGAGCUUUUGGAUUGAUUACAAGGAGGUGUUUUGUUUUUUUAAAUAAAGCCAUAAAAUAUC